AUGCUUGGACGGACUCUACAAUUGCACUUGCCUGGAUACGAGCCACUGCCGCCAAAUGGACCACAUUUGUUUCCAACCGUGUGUCGGAAAUUAGUGGGGAUCGAUUGCUGGGGACAUGUCGCAACACAUCGUAACCCAGCCGAUCUGGCGUCCAGGGGUGUGUUUCCAUCUGAAUUGGAGUCAUUAGAAGUUUGGUGGACCGGUCCGGAAUACUUACGGCUACAUUGGGAUUUCGAGGUCCCGCAUCAACCCAUUGAAAUCGACACCGAAGAAGAGAAGCGCACUGUAAACGUACUUACCAUACAGGUAGACCACAACGACUGUUUCUUGCAAGCGAUUUACAACUGUUCGAGUCUACUCAAAGUUGUACGAGUCAUCGCUUACUGUUAUCGCUUUACCAUCAAAUGUCAACCGAAGUUGGGGCCUAUUAAAGGUCCACUAAGUCCCAGAGAAUUAGAAGCGGCGCUACUGAUCGUCGUCAAAACUGCACAAAAGGAUAUGUUCAAGAACGAGAUUCAACAAAUUUUAGAAAACAAGAUUCCCAAAACCUUACGAUCGUUAAACGCAUUCAUCGAUGUUAAUGGGAUCUUACGUGUAGGGGGACGUUUGGAGAACUCCCUCCUUUCUUAUGAUGCUCAACAUCCGAUUUUGUUGCAAAAUAAUCAUCAUUUUACAACCUUAGUUGUCAGAGAUGCCCACAAGAACACUCUUCAUGGUGGCAUCCAACAAAUGAUAAUGUACAUUCGUCAAAAAUACUGGAUUGGACAAAUACGAAGAAGUGUCAAGUAUCAGCUGCAUAGAUGUUCUUCUUGCUUCCGGCAAAAGGCAUCCGAAAUGCAACAGCUAAUGGCAAAUUUACCCGCUCCUAGAGUUAGGAUGUCUCGACCAUUCAGCCAUACGGGUGUCGACUACGCCGGACCAAUCGAGAUAAAAUCCUGGAAGGCACGAGGAGCAAAAAUCCUAAAAGGGUACUUUGCAGUAUUUAUUUGUUUAGCCACGAAGGCAAUUCAUUUGGAAGUGGUGUCAGAUCUGACAACAUCAGCCUUUUUAGCAGCAUUCAAACGCUUUACUGCAAGAAGAGGAAGCUGCAAGAAAAUAUACAGCGAUUGCAGAACUAAUUUUGUUGGCGCGAAUAACGAACUAACCAAGAUGUUAAAAGAGGCAAGCCAUGACUAG